GGAGUGUGGUACAUCUUUUUUUUCUCCCUUGGAUUUCAGUUUCAAUGAAUUUAUACAUAUUCUGGAUAACAAUAUUUACAUGGAAUGAUGUGUGAGAUUUGAUGUGAUUUAUUUACACGAAUGUAAUUUUUUUCAGACACCGCGACAACCACAACCAUGGUUCAAGAUCGUAAGUCAAUGUCUUAAAAGUGUAUCAGAUCAGUAGAAUCUGUUUUUCUUCCUUAGGGAUUGAUAAGUUAUAUAAGUUCUACAGGUCUGAUGAUGCUUCAUGAUCGUUGUUGAUGAUUUUAAUAUUUAUUUUUACGAUUAACAUCUUGUUGAUUUUAGUAUUAAAAUAAGUAUUUCAUACUAUUUUAACCCAUUAGUAUAUUUUAAAUUGUUCCUAUUAAUAUCUACAGAUACACGUACGUUCGAGACAACCCAACACACGGACUCCUCUCCGACGACCUCAUCCACCGACAUCGGUACACAAGGAGACCUAUCACUAACACCUCAUUUCACAUCACUACCCACCGCCGUUACGCACAGACAAGACACGACGAACUUGACCAUCCUCUCGUCCAUGCCGCACGGAAACUUGACUACCACAGUCCCCUUCCGUAACAAUUUUAAGACGGACAUGACGAAUCCACUCGCGUUCUCCGCUGAGACGCACUGACGGACUAUGAACAUCUCAACUACCCCCUCCCCCGACACGACCUUUGUAAACACAUCCCCCUCCCCCAGUUCACGCAGAGACUAUACAUUUAAUCGUACAUUCUCUACCCCCAGCAGUACGUCAACACCGGAAAUCACAACCGAUUCAGCGAGGGACACAACCCCUAGUGCCAGUUCGGACAAGGUAACUAGUGUGUGUUUGUUCGUGAUCCUCAUAUUAUCAUGGAUUGCAAGAGUACUCCUCAGGAGGAUGGGAUUGACUUGUCGGUUGCCCGUCAAGGGAGAUGUCCGUGCGAAUAGGAAACCAGGCCGAGGUGAGGAUAUUGAGAUGAGAGAGAUUGGGGUUGCUGUGGACAUAGAGGAGGAGGAAGAGGAACAGGAAACACGUCGGUAAUCUCUCCGGGAGCGAAAGGAGUAAGGAUGACGAAAGAAGAACGGAGAAGGAAGUCCAAGGAGGAUAGUUGAUUAAUUAGGGAUUGUGGAAUUAAGUCCAGAUAUAUGUGGAACAAUGAAGAAAGUCCAGGAAGGACAGUAUAUGUUCAUAUUAAGAAACUGUGUAAAAUGUGUUCUGGAUAAGAAACUGGAAAACGAUGAAGAAAGUCCAGGAAGGGCAAAAUAUGUUCAUGUUAAAAAACUGUGUAAAAUGUGUUCUCGUUAAGAAUCUGUAGAUCUGUGACUGCAGUCCAGGAAGGACAGUACGUGUACACGUGAAGAAACUGUAAAUUGUGUUCUCAUUAAGAAUCUAUAGAACGACGAAGAAAGGACAGUACAUGUAUGCAUUAAGAAAACUGAAUUUGCCAUUAAUAAAUUUGUAAACUUUU